GUCGAGCCUGGGACGGCCACAAGUUUCCGACUUGACAGAUCAUCUGAGCCGCUACUUCAAAGGCUCGCGGCGACGAUCUGGAGAGAGCGUCAAUGACUAUAUCUCUCGUAAAUCGGAGAUAUACCUUCGGGCGUGCCAGGCCCUUCAACGCGUGAGUCCACUACAGAAGGUGCGGACUACACCAACUACGAGCGCUACGACGUGGACGCCGACAUGGAGCCGGAGAUCCAGCUAUGACGCAGGGGACAAUGAGGCCGAGGAGGAGAACAACACCGGCGGGAACGCCGGUGGGAAUGCCGCACCCGAGCAAGGACAAUGGUGGGAGGACCAACGUUCCAACUGGUCGGGCGGAUGGAGCUCCAGCUGGUGGGGAUCUCAGUGGUCAUGGUCGUCAUACCAGGACUAUGGAGACUACGAGCGCGAGGCUGCGGUUCCCGAGCUACUUCCCGACUAUGUCCAAGGGUGGUACUUGCUCCACGACUCGGGGCUAUCAGGCCACGAACGUAACGUGGUGCAGACGGCCUUACAGGGCGACUUCUCGGUGGCCCGAGUCGCACAAGAGCUCAGGAACCAGUGUGCGGUGUUGGACAGCCAAAGGCGUGACUUUGGCAAUCGCGGCAGCAGCUACCUCGGCGACAUCCAGGAGAACGAAGCCGAGGAGAAUGCCACCAUGGACGACAGCUUCCUCGGGGACCUUCCGGACGAGGAGAUGGAGGCCUGGGAGACGGCCGAGAACGAGGACAAACUCCGGAAGCUCAUCGUCGACGCCGCCGAGACCUCGGCCAAAGCGGCGGAGCAGGUGGAGGCAACCUCUUCCUUCAUCUGCUACAACGACGUGCUGGAGGACCAGAGUGCCAUGGCAACCGAGGUCGAGGCAGCUUUCAUGCAGGGCGUGAGCACCGCGGAAGCCGUGGCUCAGGGCAAGGCGGUGAUCGAUGGAGGAGCCACAAGGACUUUGGCAUCGUGUGCAGCGAUGGAGGCCAUCAUGGCGCUGAAUGCAAAGAAGAAUGGACACAAUGGCCUCCUGAAAUUGGACAAGCAAGACUGCCCAACAUUUGGUUUCGGCAACGGCGAGUCCAACAAAUGCACGGCCACGGUUCAGUUGGCCAUCCGCGCCGAUGAGAAGCCAGGUGCACUGACAGUGCACUGCCUCGACCAAGGCGGCGGACCUUUGCUUCUCUCAGUGGAAGCACUUCGACGCCUCAAAGCAGUGAUAGAUUUUAGUGAGGAUUUAGUUUGCUUUAGGGCUCUGGACGUAGAAAAACUGAUCCCUCUGGAAAGAUCCCAAACUGGCCAUCAACUUUUGCCAGUCACCGAAGACCUCUACAAGCAUAGCUUGAACACCAAAAGCGUGAUUCCAAGCUUGAGGGAUUAUGUACAGCAGUCCAUUUAG